GCGACAUUCAACAUGUCAACACUGUAACCGAUCGGAGUUCCGUUGCAGCGCGCGCGUGUGUAUCCGUUAGAUUGGAUAUCAUAGGACGUAGUCAUUACGUCUUAACGCCGGUCAUUCGCCGAUAUUGGUAAUUUUUUUCAUCGCCUUGUCGGUUUUCACAACCGUUUCACGAAAGUUUGACGUUGAAAGCGGUGAAUAUUGUUGUAUUCGGCUUCCCGCUCGUAACGAUUGUGGUAUCCUUAUCAUCUGUGUUGUAUACUUGUAGCCGUUUCGGUUUCGAAAAUAUGUCCGACUCCGACAAUAAUUACGAAUCGGACAAUGAUUCAUGUUAUUCGAUCGGAACAGCGAGCGAUCUCAGCGAACCCCCAUUGAUUUCGGCGGACGACUUGUUAAACCCGCCGCUGUCGACAUCGAGUGGCCGGUCCAGCUCGUCGAGCUCGGUCGGCUCGGCGCUAUCCAUUACCUACGACGACGACGACGAUGACGACGACGACUACGAUGACGACGACGACGACGACGACGACGACGACGACGACGACGACGACGACGACGACGAAAUGAUGGACAUCGAGGAGGAUGACGACGACGACACGUCAGACACGUCAACCCCCCUUGACGAGACGGAGUACGAAAUGGACGAUAUUAGCGACGACGAAAUGAUCGUAUUGAGCGACGGCGAUGACAUCACGGGUACAGUAGCCCAUUCCCAACCACCGACAACGUUUAACGGGCCCAUGUCUACUUUGUCCGCGUCUCGCUUGACGACAUCAAAGUGCACGGAGGAAGAAACCGCCGCCCGUUCCCAGCCAUCGCCAACGUUUAACAGGCCCAUGUCCAUGCUGUCUACGUUUUCCUCGACGACGUCGACGUGCACGGAGGAAGAAACCGUCACCGCCAGCUGUAGCAGCGAGUCAAACGGAGAAGAAAACUCUUCAUCAUCCAUCAAAAAUUAUCUUCCACCAUGUUUAAGUAACCAUAAACUUUGCUUCGACAAUGGGAUUGAAGUGGACCGAAUUUUGGGGGCUGUCGUCCAUAACACACAACUUUUGUUCCGGGUAAGGUGGAGAAACGACAAGAAUGGUGGAACAGACUACGUUGAUGCGUUCGAAAUGCACGAAAGAUGUCCUCAUAUGGCACUCCAGUUUUAUAACGAACGUUUUAAAAAUGAAAAUACUGAUAAGACUGAUAAAUAACUAUACUAAUAGAUCUAACGAGCACUGAUUAAAUAAGUACAUGCCUAAUGUACACACACUUUUAUAUAUUUUUUAUAGUUUAUAACAUAAUAACAUUUGUUAUUUACUCAGCUAAGGUUAAUAAUGUAUUUUGACGAUGCUCAACUGUUCCAUGUCAUUUAUAUAUAUGUUUAGGCCUCCUCAUUAAAUCUUUGGUUUGUGAAUACAUUUACUGAUUGUUGCCAAGCAAAGUGGGUAACCACAUCAUUUAUUUUAUUUUUAUGAAGUGUAUUUGGUUUCCAUGUAUAUUAUUAAUAAAUAUAAUUUAAAUGUUUUUAAUGAA